CCGAGUUGAGUCUGCGCGACUGCACUCCUUCUCGUCGAGACACUCAGCGGUUGCGCGGAUCGCGGCCGCGUCCAGCCCUUCAACGAACCGUCUAUAUACUGUAACUUCAAACAAGGCUGUCAUCGCAUUCUGCAACGUUGAAAUCCCCCUCAAUAUCCUAUCCGGCCGGAUAUAAAUUCGGGGGAUGAAAUGUACCGCUACGCAGGUAUUAUACGCCGCAGUGCUUGAGAAUACUGUGAGUUUCUCUUCAAGACUCAAGUUAGCCUUUGCUUGUAUGGCGAUGCAUAAUACUGUUAUUGUGGGGAUUCUCUGUGUACUUUCGCGGACGACUGCAAGUGAAGACUUGUUUCUGACUUUGUCUGAUGAUGAGAUUCAUACUAAACAUAUUCUGAUCACUGAUGUUAGCCAGAGCAGUGGAGAUACACUCAUCUGUUGGUCAACUCGAGCUCAUAGAACCUUCAGUUGGUUUCACCAGUUUAGAGGAAGUGAAGAAUUGACUGAACUUCCAAGGGUUACUGAAAACAAACCCAGCUAUUUUGGAUGGAAGAUUGAAAUAGGGCGUGAAUUUGGAUAUAACAAGCUUACUCUACUUAAAGAAAUGGAUACGAUUCCCAUUGAGGGAGUUUUCACCUGCUGUGUUGGAAGUGAUCAUGAUCUAGACAGUGUAGACAAUUCUGAGGCAGUCUCUGUGGGGAUUCAUUAUUCAAUUUUAUCAGUUACAGGGAGUAUUCAAAGUCUGGAGGGAGGUAAUGGGAAGUUCAGAGUGAUUUGUACGUCUACUGGAGGCAGCCCACUGAUAAUGUCUGUCACUGGACCAUCUGGUGUUGUGGAGAACAUGAAGAACAUUGUUGGAAAGGGAAGUGUGGAGUGGGUAGGUAAUGAUACUUUCUCAGCAGAGGUUAUUAGGACAAAUGGAACUCAUGGAGAUGUGUAUGGUUGUAUGGCAUCUAAUGGAGUGUCUAAUGCUUCACACAGUUUCUCUCUGAAAGUUGCUGGGAGUCCAACUCUAAUUUUAGUAGUACAGGCAUCAGUUACGUCAGUGAUAGUGGAGUGGAGUCAGCCACCAGGAGGAGCCACAGUGACUGGAUAUUUAGUACACUACAGUCAUGGAGACAGCAACACGACUAAGAGUAAUAUGACUGAUAGUACUGCUAGUAAGAGCGUACCUGGAUCUUCUACUCAUGCUCUGAUUACAAAUCUCACUGAAAUGUUAUAACUACACAUUUUCUGUUGAAGCUACCUCAGAGCACCUCUCUCGAAUGUCAAAGCUAUUUUUUUAAAAACUAGGUGAAUCAGACCUAUCAGUGAAUGUCACAGCUGAAGCAGUGAGUUCAACAGUCAUCUCAGUCCAAUGGGACCACCUGAGAGCCUGUGGUCCAGUCAGUCAGCUGUCUGUUGAAUUCUCAGUGAAGUACACUGCAGUGUCCAGUGCUGUCUCUGACAUUAUAGACAGAACUGCAGAAUUAAUUGUAUCAUCAACUGAGGCAAUGCUGACUGGACUCACUCCAUACACCAACUACUCCAUUACAGUAGCUGUAGUGAAUGAGAUGGGAAACAUGGGACCAUACAGUUACCCCACCACUAAUAGAACCUUGGAAGAUGUUCCUGGUCCAGUAGGUGCAGUCACGGCAUCUCCCUCUUCGUCUCAAGUAACCCUGACAUGGGAGCCACCACUGAUGCCUAAUGGAAUAAUCAUAGCAUAUGAGGUUUCCUACAGACAAACAGUUUCCUCAGAGCCUGAGACUAGAGUGAACUCCUCUGCUCUGGCCACUAAUUUCACCACAGAGAGCAACCUUGAGGAGGCCACUGAAUUCAUCUUCUCUAUGAGAGCCUACACCAGAGUCGGACCUGGAAAUGCUACCUCUCUUACUGUGGCUACAUUAGGUGCUGAGUAAUUUCCAACUUUAAUCAAGACUGGUGCGUUACUUGGAAUUGGAAGUGGUGUAGCAUUAAUUGGAAUCAUUAUUUUUGGAAUUGCCAUUUCCUGGACUGUAUUCAAAAGAUCACAUCGCAGAGCCAAGCCAAGAUUGUACACAGAGGAUAAUCCAGCCUAUGGUGUAACUCUUGGUGUGAGAUACAAACCAUCAAGAAAGACUGAUUCAUCACCUACCCAUACACAAGAGCCUGUGUAUGAUACAAUCAGUUAGUAACAUGCCUUCACCUGUAAUCAUUAAUAGAUCGUUUACGUACUAAAAGAAGAGUUACUGUUUCUCUGUGAUUUAGGAAUGCCAUUUUGACAAAAAAUUCCUAUCUGAGGGAAAAUGCCAACUGCUGCAUUCAUGUAUUUACAGUACAGGCUGAAGCGACUUGGACCAUGCAAGCAACAUAAACCACAAGCAUGACAAAAGAGGGAGAUAGCAACCAUCUA